GGCGCGCCCGGUGGCGGGGCGGCGGUGCUGAUGGCGGCGCGGGCCGCCCCGCCGCGGUUCGGGCCGCUGCAGCUGGCGCUGGCGGCGGCGGGGACGGUGGCGGCGGCGCUGGACGUGUGCGCCGACGGGUGGGUGGCAGCGGGGUACGCGCGGGGCGGGCAGCCCGGCUGGGCCGCGCUGGCGCUGGCGCUGCUGGCCGCCGCCUCGGUCGCCACCCAGGCCUGCAGCUGGCUCUGGCUGCGCUCCGACCCGCCCGCCCUGCGGCCCGACGUGCCCCCCGGGCUGCUUGCUGCCCUCCACGUUCUCCAGCUCGGCAUCCUCUUCAGGUGCCUCCACGCUCUGAAGGUGGGCUGGAAGGUGUGCUGGGAGAAGGCGGAGGAGGAGGAGGAGCAGAGCCGCAUGGCCUUCCUCUCCCAUGACAUCAGCAUGCUGCGCCUCUUUGAGACUUUCCUGGAGAACACCCCACAGCUCAUCCUGCUCCUCUAUGUGAUCCUGCGGACAAACAAGGCAGAGCCCUCCCAGGGGCUGGGGAUCUGCACCGCGCUCCUGUGUGUGACCUGGUCUCUACUGGACUACCACCAGUCCCUGCGCUCCUUCUUGCGGGACAAGUACGAGCUGAGCCUGGGCUCCUCCGUUGUCUACUUCCUGUGGAACUUCUUCCUCAUCUGCCCCCGCAUCCUUGUGGUCACCCUCUUUGCCCUGCUCUUGCCCUAUGGCGUGGCUGUCCACUUCUCGCUCGUGUGGCUGGUGAUGUUCAUCUGGGUCAGCCUGCAGGGCACAGACUUCAUGGAGUCGCCAGGUCCCGAGAAGCUCUACCGAGCCAUGGUGGCCGUGAUCCUCUACUUCAGCUGGUUCAACGUGGCGCAGGGGAGGACGCUGUACCGCAGCAUCAUCUAUCACGGCUUCAUACUGGUGGACAGCACGCUGCUGGCCCUGUCCUGGCUCUGGUGCCGCUCCCCCUCUGACGAGCACUCGUUCCUCAUCCCAGUGGUCUCUGCUGCCCUGCCCUGCUACUUGCUGGGGCUGGCGCUGAGGGUCACCUACUACAGGUGGCUGCACCCCAACAGGCAGGCGUGGCAAGAAGGUGGCUGUGAUGAGGUGGAUGCCCACGGGAGGGGUGAUGGGCCGGAGUUUCGCUCGCUCUCGGUACCAGGCCUGGUGAACAGGCGGAUGUGGUGGCUGGCCCAGACCCAGCUCCCCCUCUCCCGGGGGGCAGGGCAGCGCUUGCUGAAUGGGGCUGCUGCCACAGAGUCUGCUGUCUGAGGCCGGCUCCUCCAGAGUGACCUGCCAGGGAGGCAGACGUUGGUCCUGCUCCUGGUCCUGACCCCCCGGGCUGUUGUUUUGGGCGGUGGAGGGACCUGGCAGAAACCAAGGGUAACGUGCAAGCACCCAGCAGGUCACAGGGCUCCUGUGGCUGUGCCCUUCGGGAGAGCCACAAUGUUUGUGGGGGGGUCCACCAUAUUGUGGCUGCCCUGCCAUGUCAGCUUCUUUUGUUAUUUAUUAUUAGCGUUUUCCAAAAAGAAAAACUCACCCAAAAAAGAGCAAUGGUUUUUUUCUGUCUGUGGCCUCUCCUGUGCCUGCUGCCACUGUUGCUGCCCAGGCAGGUGGGUGCUGGUGG